CAACUAUUCUUUACUUGAUAUAGAAAUGAACUGAAGAGUCAACAGAUCAUGAAGGACGAUGCCUACAGAGUUAUACAGCAAAAAUUAAUCGAUACAUUUGAAGAGGAAAAAGCUCAGUAUAUGGAUGAACAAGCCUUUGAACUAGCCAAGCUGGAGCAUCGGUAUAACUUGGUAAAGGAGGAAUUGCAGGCUCUUCAAACGGAGGUAAAUGAGAGACAGGUGUUGACGGAACGAGGUGUGGAGUCUACAGCUGAAGAGGAAAUAACUGAGCAGUGCACCCUAGUAAUCGCACAGGAGCGUGUUGUGCAGCUGGAAGCCGAACUAGUCGCUUUAAGAAACCAAAAUGCAAAGCAUGAAGCAAACGCAAACGGCUAUGGUGUGGAGGUAGAUGAACUUAGAAGAAGUGAAGUUUGCCUCAAGACGGAGCUCAAGCGUUCGGAAUCACGCCUAUUGAAGUUACAGCAGGAGUUGUAUGAAAUGAAGAAGCACACGGAGUUACUGGAACAAUCACCCAAGGUAGAUUUACAUAUACUGGAAGGAGCACGAGUACAUGGUAACAGUGAGAUGAGGCUUGAAGAUGAUCUCGUAAUUACCAGAAAAGAUAUUACUAUGGAGCAGAGUGGAUAUGAUAGCAUGGCUGAACGCAUAAUUAAGCUCCAAGAGGAUUGUUUUAUGGCUCAAGAAGAAAAGCUGCGGACCGAAGGGCUCCUGAAUCGUGUUCAGAUGGAACUUGUAGCUGCGAGGGAUGAAGUUGAGAGACUACAGGCCAGUCAGGAUGAGGUUCAGAAUGAAUCUAGUUUCUAUAGAAAUCUAGAACAAGAACUUGUUCAGACGAAAAGUAGUCUUAAGCAACUUCAAGCAGAGCUUAAAGAUCAUGAUGCAGUUGUAAAAGACUUGGCUGCACUGCGCAAGCAACAUGAAGAGAUGGUGGCGGCCGCAUUGGAUCAGAAGACGACUUGGACAACACGACUAUCUAGUCUCACACAGCAACUUGAGGAUCAACGCUUAGAGUACCUUCAUUUAAAGCAGGCAGCCGAGAAGGGACAGGGCACUCCCUAUGAUGUCGAUCUGGAAAGUCUUAUGUCUGAGAUACAGCAUCUCAAGACAGUGCUGGUUGAAGAGAGGAGAGGGAGCGAGGAGCAGAUCCAUGCAUUGGAAGGUCAAAUCCGACAAGCAGAAGACAUGCUGCAGGAAAAUCAAAAGGAGAUGGAAAGGAUAAAGAUUCAGUCAAAAGUAGCAGAGAGCGAGCUGGCGGCCCUCAGAGGUUAUCAAGAUGAGGAAAAGUGGCGCUAUGAUCAGCAUAUGGACUCUAUCUCACGACUACAGAGUCAGCUUGAAGAUACUGUUAGCAAGCAUACUACAGUUGUUGAUGAGGCAACGCUGCGUGAAAAAAGGUUAAGGGUAGAAAUUUCGGCCUUGGAAAAGUCGAAGCUAGAGUUGGAAGCCCAGGUUCACUCACAGAUUGUUUAUGCAGAGAUGCAAAAGGCUGAAAACCAUUCUCAAAUGGACACGAUUCAAAAGUUACAGGGAGACCUAGUCAUGUUUGCCGAUAAGGCACCUGAAGUUAUUCACUUGAGAAAUAGCUUAACGAAACUUCAGGAUGAACAUCAGCAGGCGUCAGAGCAAACGCAACUCAUAGUUGAUCUCUUUGAGAAAUUAGUGCCGCUACCAGGAGAAUCGGAGAAGUUGAAUGCUUUAGAGGAAAUUGUUAUUUCAACGCUCACUAACGUGAGGCUUUUGGGAUAUUCGAUCCAGCCCUUGACGCAAGUGGCUCUUCAGCUAAUUGAACUCCAGAGAUCUAUAGUGAAGAGCCGAGCAAGCGCACCUGUAGAGAGAGAGACGCAGCAGAUUGAUGGACCUGGCCGUGAUGCGGGACUGCUAUCCAAUAAUAAUGAGCCUAUGAAUACCAGUGAUCACGCCUUGGAGGUGAAAGAGCUGCAGGAAAAGUUGGUAAAAGCUGAACAUGGUAUUCUCAAAUUACGGCAAUUUAUUCAUGAGUUUCAGGCCGAAGAGAAAAGAACCAUCCUUGAGUUGCAGCAGCGACUUGAAGAAUCUGAAAAUGAGAACAAUCAUGUUCGCUCACAACUAGCGAAGGCUCAGGCGAUGCUAUUAACAAAGUCCGCUGAGCUUGCGACAUUGACAGAUGGAUCUACCUCAGCAUCAGCUACGUCCUUGUCGCAAUCACCGAUUCAGGGACAGACAGAGGUACAACAUCUCAAACAGCAACCGCCACCGCAGCAACAAGGAGUAGAAUCUGAGCCAGAAUAUGUCCAAGGGAGAACCUUACCGACGGAUGAAAUGUUUAAAGUGUUUGAAGGUACUGGUCAAGUUCAUCGCGAGGCGAUUCUGGCGUUGGAACCUCUGCGUCAGCAGAAGGUGGAGCUAGAGCGUACUUUAUUAGAUCUUCGACAUCGGUAUGAGCAGUCUCAAAAGGAGAAUGAUGCACUGCUUUCAGAGUUGGAAGAAGAGAAUCAACGUUUGAAAGCCAGGGUCAUGCGUAUGAGCCCAGAUACAUCAUCGAAUGAGCAUCAAGAGAAGAUUCGUGAUCUUGAAUCGGAGGUAGAAGAGUUGAUGCGCCAACUCAAGACAGCACAGCGGGAACGAGAAUUCACUAGACAAGACAUGAGGUCCCUAAAGGCUGAGUUAGCCAAGCGCAAGGCGCAGGCCUGAGGUUUGUAUAUUUGAAAUAUUAUUUAAAAUAUAAAAAAUAAUAAAAAAAAUUAAAAGUUUAAAAAAAAGGGGGAGCGUGUGGAUGAUCAUGCUGACCAUAACCAGGCU